ACGGGAAGAAAUUAAAGGCUCCUUGCUCUUACUAUCCUAUAAAUUGAAGGCAAAUUGCAACUCGAAAUGGGGGGGAAGAACCUGAGAGAAUCACAGAGAGUAAAGCAGCGGCUAGACUGCUAUCUACGCAGCUCCGAUGGCGGUGGGCGGUGGAGGAGGCGACACCCAGUGGCGGCGACGGUAGCGGCUGCAGCUCCGGCCGGAUAUGGGCGGCUAUCUCCAACUCCGUUCAAGCUCCAAUUACUUCAAUUUCAUCUUCUUCAACAAUUGGUAACCCUAUAUGUUAUUUCUUCAAUUUCUUCUCCAAUUUCAUUGUAAAAGUGUUGUUUCAAUUCAAAUUUACAUUUUUUCCCUUGUUUGUGUUAAUUUCGAAAAUUCCAAAAUGAUUACAAUUCUUAUGCUUGAGUAGUUCAAGGAGACCUGCAAAAUAUUUUCAUCAUUAGACGUUAAAGUUUAUUAAAGUGUAUCAAAUGUUCUUCAUGAAUACUUUGUGCAUGGGAGUUAGAAUGAAAGAAAGAUUCGCUCUUUUAUAAACUUUUUCAUCUUUUGGAAUCAUUAUUUGAGCGCUUGAGAUUACAAUUCUUAUGCUUGAGUAGUUCAAGGAGACCUGCAAAAUAUUUUCAUCAUUAGACGUUAAAGUUUAUUAAAGUGUAUCAAAUGUUCUUCAUGAAUACUUUGUGCAUGGGAGUUAGAAUGAAAGAAAGAUUCGCUCUUUUAUAAACUUUUUCAUCUUUUGGAAUCAUUAUUUGAGCGCUUGAGGUGAGUGGGGGUUCAAAGUAACCAAAAGGCCUUUGAAUCUUUGACUCCGGGCCUUAUAGAGAGUUGACGAUCCUCUAUAUGUGGUCAAGGAUAUGAAUCAACUCGAGCCUUUGAAUUAUUUUCUAUUCUUAAGUGCGUAAGUUACGUAAUAUAUUGUCUAAGUGCCU